AUCUUGCGAAGGCCUCCUGGAUGGUUUUUGCACCCCUCUGCUCAGCGCUGGCGACCCGUACCUAGCAUCGAGUCGUCAUCUAUCGUACUGUCGUCUGUUCGACACGCAUACUCGCGUCUCCCUUGGUCUCUAUCGUCUCGCUAUCGGAAUCAAAACAUUAUUUCUUCUGAAAUCGCUCUCUUGUCGACAUAUCAACCGGUUCUCUUUGACUCGUCGUCCGCGCACAGUUUAUUCUCGCCUGUUUUUAGUUGCUUUUCCCGUCACAUCGGUCUUCCUUUGUGUCUCGCUGUCGAAUAUUUACUUGUUCCGGUCGCAAAGAAGAAACGAGAAUACGCAUUAUAGAAAACGCCCAAGAACUGAAUCCACGACAAUCCAUUUCUUCACUCGCUUUGCAGCUGUCACCGUAUACGUCCGAUCACUUAUUCGCUUCCAUGUCACGCCUCGACGACUUUGAAUACCCACCCGGACUGGGCUACGCGCGCACCAACGCGGACAGAGAGCACGUCCUGCACCAGAGCAACUCGGCCUCGCUCGGGGGCUUCGGGCUGCGAGAGCGCCGGACGAGCCUCAAUGGCCUCGGCUACUCCGCGUACAAUGUGGCCGCGUCGCUGCCACGAUCCAGCGCGCUCCCGGAGCACGACUUCGGCGGCGUCGGAGCCAGUGACGCUUGGGCCGCGAUGGGUGUCACACCAAACAUGGCACGCCAGGCCACGGCCACCCAGCCGUCUUCACAGUUUCACCACAUCCCUCCCUUCAACCACCACCACCACCAGCGCUCCUCUCCCCCCUCCGUGCCCCCUAUCCCCCACAGCGCCCCCGGUGCAUACAUCAGUGCCAACGGCGCAGGCGCAGCCAGUGCGAACCUGCUGAACGGAUUGUACGCGCAGACAGCUUAUUCGGAUCGCGAACGCGACGCGUUCCUGCCACGCCAGUCUCAGCCGGUGCAGUCGUCUCAGAUACCGACGCAUUCGCCGUCGAAUUCACUCAGUCUCAGCUCUGACUCUUACGCCGCGCGCUCUACACUUUGGUGGGGCGGCCUUGAACCCUGGAUGGACGAAGAAUACGCGAAACAGGUCUGCGGCCUCAUGGGGUGGAACCCUACCGAGAUACGCGUCCCGCACCCGCCCCCUGACCCAGUCACCGGCCAGCAGGCGAACAACCCAGGUUACUGCUUCCUCACCUUUGCCUCGCCCGGUCAAGCUGCGUCUGUAUUAGGGCAGAUGAACAGCGGUGCCAACGGACCGAUGCUCAUGCCGAACUCGAAUAAACCGUUUGCGCUAAACUGGGCCUCAAACGUGCCGUCGUCCUCUCUCGCGCCAACGCACACUGCACCGAGCACUGCUCCCGCGAACGGACAGCGCUUCGAGAAGGAGUACAGUAUUUUCGUUGGCGAUCUCCCUCCAGAGGCGUCCAAUUCCGACCUCGUAGCCGUGUUCCGCAACCCUGUACUGGGACUACGGAACGACAGGGAGCCAAAGUUCGUCCGCCCCUUCCUGAGCUGCAAGAGUGCAAAAAUCAUGCUUGACCCCGUUACCGGCGUUUCGAGAGGGUACGGCUUCGUUAGGUUCACGGACGAAGCUGACCAGCAGCGCGCUUUAGUAGAGAUGCACGGUCUCUACUGCCUCUCCCGGCCCAUGCGUAUCUCGCCGGCUACCGCUAAAUUCAAGCCACCACCGUCAAUACCUGGGGCACCCCUUCCAUUCCCUUCUGCGUCUCCGACUGGCAUCACGCAGCCACAGCAAGGUGUUACUAUCGCCGUUCCUUUGCCAGCCACGAAUCCGGCCAAGAGCGUGUCUGCCCCUAUUGCGUCUAACCCCAACUCCUCUUCCGAGUCGACACCCUCGGUUGGCCACGCCUCUGUGGCAAACACUGCUUCCACAUCGGCGACAUCUCUCAAUUCUCUCUCGACCCCUUCGCUGAGCUCUGGGUCGAGCACAAGCACAUCCUUGUCAUCACUGUCGUCGGCCCCGUCUGACGACAUGCUGAGGAUGAUCGCGCAGUUUGCAAAUACUGCGGCCGCCUCGAACAAUUCCAAGCCCAGUAACGCACCGUUGAGUUCUAUCACGGCUCCCUUCGCAAUGCAGUCCCAGGACCCCUCCGAAACUGGCAACUACCAUCUCUCGGAGGAGUCGUGGAAGCACCACGCCCAAGCCCGUGCCAUCCUGAGCAAUCUUAUCGGGCCCAACGGGGAGCAACUUACUUCGAGUGAUCCAUACAACACUACCGUUUUUGUAGGUGGUUUGUCCCCAUUGAUCUCAGAGGAGACCUUGCGGACAUUCUUCGCUCCGUUCGGCGAUAUCCACUACGUAAAGGUUCCCGUCGGCAAGCACUGUGGAUUUGUGCAAUUCGUGCACAAGAAAGACGCUGAAAGAGCCAUUGAGAAGAUGCAAGGUUUCCCGAUCGGAGGUAGCCGUAUCCGUUUGAGCUGGGGCAGGAGUCAAUACAAAGCUGCACAGGCCGCUGCACAAGCCGCCCAAGCUGCUGCCCUGCAGGCGCAGAUACAGUCCCAAGCUCCACAGGCAGCGGGCUCGGUGUUGACAGCCGAGCAAGCUUUUCAGGUCCUGGAGAAGUUCGGCCUUACUGCUUUCAUCAAUAACCCUGCCGCGGUCGUUGCAGCCCUCUCGGAGAACUCUGGGAAUGGCUUCGCCAAUACGAAUGGCAAUGGCACGAGUACCAAUGGGUCGGGUGAAGAUACUCCUAGGAGUGGCAUGGACAACAUGCAGCCGCAGAGUAAUGGCAACAACGGAGUAGGGUAUUCGUUCGAUAGAUACGAUCCCAACUCGUAUGGGCCACGCAUGGACACCAAUGUGCCCCCGGCGCGGUCGUCAUUCUCGCCGUUCUCCCCGGACCCUAACCUCUUUCCUGAGGAGCUUCGGAAUAGGGACUCCUUGACUCCCUCGCGGGCUGAGCCGCUUCCUCACCCAUCCAAGAAUUACGCGCCGGGUUUCGGGCCGUCCCCCUUGCAGACGCAGGAUGCCAACGGACUUGAGAGGGGUAAUACCAAGCGUAUCUCCCCGAUUACUCCUACCUCGGCGCAUGCCAACCGACCUUCUGUGUCGCGGUUCAACUCUUUCUUGGGUGGGACCAGCACUCCAUUCGACGUCGCCCGCGCUGCGAGUCGGAGCUCUUUCCACGAGCAGGAGAGGCCGAAGGAGGCGGAAUCUCGUGAGCAUGAGCAGGACCUGAUUCAGGACCUCAACGGCACGCUUGCCAGCCUGGAUCUCGAUAACAGCCAGGGAUCUUGGAGAGCGCAGGAGGACCGGACAGGGGGCAGGAAGAGCGGCAGCCCCGGCAGGUCUCACCAAUGAGUAGGUCCGGCGAAACUGUGCUCGGCCCCGCACAGAAUCUUGAUUAUUCGGAUGUUAUUUGGCUUCCGCCGUUGCCGCAUCGCUAUGGACUUGUCACAGAUCCGGGUUCUGCCUUUCCUUUGUCUAUGUUACGACCUGAGUCCUUUCGUCACGUUUUCCACGUUAGCAUCGUCGCAUUCUCAAACCCACUAUCGGUCGUGUUUACAACAUUUUGUCGACAGUUGCGUUCGUCCUCGUCGUCUAUCCCCACUUGGUCUCCCUUUGCAAAUCGAUGGUCAGGUUUUUCUGUUUGCGGUCCUGUUCUAGCUACUUAGCACAUUUCCUGCGCCUCUCCCGUUUUGUCCGCGAAACCGCAGUUUGGUUUACCUGCCUCUCUUCAUCUCACCGCUCCGUCGUAUACGCGCCUCUUAUUCUCGGUUAAUGCACGCGAAGAAAUCGGUUUAUUACAUACGCAUUGUUUUACGUUUUGUUGUUCAGAUCUUUUCGGUAUAUAUGUUUCGUAUUGCAGUCGUCAUGUCGAGUCCUGGAUUUGUAUCGAAGUUGCAAUGUGUCCUCGGACGAUAAAUUAGAAAUCGAGAUGAAGCCCAUGCGCAUCGGACUGCAGCAAUCCUUCGUCUUGAGAUUUGAAUAGUUGGUAGCGGCGCAGGUCUUGGAAUGUAGGAAACCGUCAAUCGAUGUCGGCGACGGAAGACGGUUCCCAAGAGGCCUGAGCUCCAGUCUCGAACUGGCUGACGAGCGUGGUCUUGGGGGAACGUAGUUCGUCCAGCAACAAGGUGCUAGGGCGCCUCCUCUGCCGCUUCUAUAUCCUCUGCCCUGACGACUACUUCUUCCACUGCAUCGCCGGGAGUAUCAUGGUCGUUCUGACCCUGUUCUGACCCAGCGACACUCUUAUCCUUGGAGUUGCCCGUAUGGAACUUCCUC